ACAGCUCAUUCAAUUUCUAACCAGACGCCGACCAAUUCAAAGACAGCCAUGGCUUCCGGGGUGACAGUGACGGAUGACGUUAUCACCGUCUUCAACGAGAUGAAGGUGCGCAAGUUGCAGGCCAACGAGGACGAGAAGAAGAAGAGGAAGAAGGCGGUGCUCUUCUGCCUGAGCGAGGACAAGAAGCACAUUAUCCUGGAGGAGGGACAGGAAAUCUUAACGGGGGACGUUGGCGUCACAGUCCAGGACCCCUACCUUCACUUCGUCAAGAUGCUGCCUGCAGACGACUGCCGCUACGCCCUCUACGACGCCACCUACGAGACCAAGGAGACCAAGAAAGAGGACCUGGUCUUCAUCUUCUGGGCCCCUGAUGGCGCUCCUCUGAAGAGCAAGAUGAUCUACGCCAGUUCAAAGGAUGCCAUCAAGAAGAAGUUCACAGGAAUCAAGCACGAGUGGCAAGUGAACGGUUUGGACGACAUCAAGGACCGACGCACCCUCGCCGACAAGCUUGGCGGCUCAUCGGUAAUCACCCUGGAAGGAAGCCCUCUAUAGAUCUAGCCCUGGGGCUUCAUCUGAAGCCAGGCGAAUCUGAGGGGUUUGGCUGUUCAUUCUGAUAUGGUUGGGAAUGGGGCAGAGCAGGACCAGGAUUAUUUGUGGGACUGUUGGGGGAGGGAUAUUGUGGGGUGGGUUGUGGAUGAAAGUGACAGUUUUCAAAUUCCACGACUGCAGGCUGUCAUUCCAGUUCACAUGACAUAAAGAACAUGAACAAAAGAUAUAG